UACAAAUAUUGCCGAUAACAAAUCUGCCCGCCAAACGGUAUCGUGACUAUUCCUUCAUCCUAGCUUAUCUAGCUGGCAAGAUUAGUAUUGGACUUUAUCGUACCGUUCAACCCUUGCAUUUCAAUUUUUAAGGGUCUACUUUGAUCUGCGAUCGUCGCAGUAAUCCAUUUCACAAUGGCGACCCUCACUAUGACAAUGCCGCCACCAUCCAAACCCAAGAACGGCAACGAGAAACUCCCACCAGAAAAUGAACGUUAUAUGCGAGCUUGCUCUGAUAUUGCAAACAUGCUCAUUCAGGAAUAUGAAGCGCAGAGGGACUCAUCCAAACCGAGGAAAGAUAUCAACCUCAACAAGCUGCGCGGCCAAAUCGCGAAGAAGCACCGCCUGGCUACCCAACCUCCCUUGACAGCUAUUAUCGCUGCCGUGCCGGAACAAUACAAGAAAUACAUCUUACCCAAACUCAUUGCGAAGCCUAUUCGGACGUCGUCAGGAAUUGCCGUUGUCGCAGUGAUGAGCAAACCUCACCGUUGUCCGCAUAUUGCCUACACCGGUAACAUUUGUGUCUACUGCCCUGGUGGACCUGAUUCGGAUUUUGAGUAUUCGACACAGUCAUAUACUGGCUACGAGCCGACAUCGAUGCGCGCGAUCCGAGCACGGUACGAUCCGUUUGAACAAGCGAGAGGUCGGGUUGAUCAGAUCAAGUCUCUCGGCCAUAGUGUGGACAAGGUGGAAUAUAUUGUCAUGGGUGGCACAUUCAUGUCUCUUCCGCCGGAUUACAGAGAAUCCUUCAUCGCUCAACUUCACAAUGCGCUGAGUGGGUACCAGACGGACAAUGUUGACGAGGCUGUUCAGGCGGGCGAAAUGAGCAACAUAAAAUGCGUGGGUAUUACGAUCGAGACGCGGCCUGAUUACUGUCUGGAUACUCAUCUGAGUGAUAUGCUUCGGUAUGGGUGUACCCGGCUGGAAAUCGGUGUGCAAAGUUUAUAUGAGGAUGUUGCGCGGGACACGAAUCGAGGCCAUACUGUCGCUGCGGUGGCGGAGACAUUCAAACUCGCCAAGGAUGCUGGGUUCAAGGUGGUUAGCCACAUGAUGCCUGAUCUGCCGAACGUUGGCAUGGAGAGGGAUCUUUUCCAGUUUCAGGAAUAUUUUGAAAACCCAGCCUUCCGUACGGACGGUCUUAAAAUUUAUCCGACACUCGUCAUUCGGGGUACAGGCCUGUAUGAGCUUUGGAGGACGGGUCGCUACAAGAACUACACUCCCAACGCGCUGGUAGAUCUUGUCGCUCGAAUCCUUGCGCUAGUACCUCCGUGGACGCGUAUCUACCGUGUGCAGCGAGAUAUUCCCAUGCCGCUGGUCACUUCCGGCGUGGAGAAUGGCAACCUUCGAGAACUGGCUUUGGCACGCAUGAAAGACUUUGGUACAACAUGUCGUGAUGUGCGCACCCGCGAAGUCGGUAUCAACGAAGUAAAGAACAAAAUCCGUCCCUCGCAAGUGGAGCUCAUCCGUCGGGACUAUACUGCCAAUGGUGGCUGGGAAACGUUCCUCGCCUAUGAAGAUCCCAAGCAGGACAUUCUCAUCGGCUUACUGCGUCUGCGAAAGUGCAGUCCGACUCACACUUUCCGUCCGGAAUUUACCGGCCAGCAGACGAGUAUUGUGCGAGAGCUCCACGUAUAUGGCUCUGCGGUACCGCUCCACGGCCGCGAUCCGCGGAAGUUCCAGCACCGAGGAUUUGGGACCCUGCUAAUGGAGGAGGCCGAGCGGAUCGCGCGAGAAGAACAUGGAAGCCGGAAGAUCAGUGUCAUCUCGGGAGUUGGUGUCCGCAGCUACUAUGCUCGUCUCGGGUACACACUGGACGGUCCUUACAUGUCCAAGAUGCUUGACCCAAUUGAAGACGAAGAAUUCUAACUCGGAUAAGCAUGAGAACGUUUUGUCUUUGUUUGAUGUCGAAAACUGAUAUGAUAAUAAUGGUUUCUAAAAGUUGAGCUCUCGAAAAGUCGGGUUCUGUCGAGAGUACAUGGCAUUAUUGGGUGUUUUCAGGCGUUCUUGCAUCGUGGCGUUAGUUGUUCGAUGCAUUACAAUAUCGAUCCCGGUACAUGUCUUAACCCCUGCUUUUCACCAAUGGGUGUAAAUAUGUUGAUAGUCCUUUUGUUCUUCCCAGUUCCCAAGACCUCGAAAUGAUAGAAUUGGAUGCUUUUUGUGC